AUGGCGUCUUUAACCCGAGGAAAUUAUUGUCUAAACGCUUGUGAGCGGUGUCAUAAAAAGAAACUCAAGUGUGAUAAACCUACCAAUACCAAUACUAUCAUCACAAUUGAAGAAGCCGCCUGUAGUCAGUGCUUAAAAGCAGAGAUAGAAUGCAAGGUUAGGAUAAAAAAGAAACCGGGUCCGAAAACCAAGAAUAAAAAUCUUGACGAUAACGAUUUUGACAAUGGUUGUAUCAGUCCCCCAAACACCGAUGAUUUGGACGAGGAUGAUGUCGCACAUGAUUAUUCAAAUGCACAAGUUCCCCAUACAUUGUCACCAAUAUCACCAAAUUAUAGUAGCUCUCCUAUCGACUCUUUAGUGCACUCACAAACCUCCUCUCCAGGAUCACACACUUCUGUGAUGGGAAGCUCAAACUUUCCAUUUCACCCAAUAGAAAUAAUAGAAAAGAUGUCAUUGGAAAAAGUUCGUCAAAUCGAACCAAAACAGAUUUAUGAAAUAUUCCACUACAAUUCUGAGGGUGAAAGUGAUGCGGGAUUGGGAAUUAC